AUGGUGAUCCAUGCUCCGCAGCAAGAAGAGGUUUCCAGCCUGGAGUCAAUGGCAGAGAAGCUGAAAGAUCCAGGAUUCAUUGUAUUCGCUGUGUGCGUCCUGGUGACCUCCCUUGUGCUUAUCUUUGUGGCUGGACCACGUUACGGACAGAGCGAUGUCCUGGUUUAUGUUUUGGUCUGCUCCACCAUCAGCUCGCUUUCAGUGUCCUGUGUAAAAAGCUUGGGGGUUGCCCUGAAAGAACUGUUUCCUGGGAAGCCAGUCCUGAAGGAAGCACUGGGCUGGGUGCUCCUCGUGUGCCUGGUGAUCUGCAUCAGCAUCCAACUGAACAAAGCCCUGGACAUCUUCAACACACCUGCGGCCAUGCCCGUUUACUUCGUGCUGUUCAGCCCAGCAGUCAUGAUGUGCUCUGCCACCCUCUUCAAGGAGCAGCAGCACGUGGCGCUGGACACCACCACCACCAGCUUCCCCACCAUCGCGUCCGGCAUCCUCCUCCUGCCCGCCCGCAGGGACAUGCCCUUCGCGCCCCGGCUCCUGCAGCAAGGCACGGAGCCGCAGCCCGCACGGGGGAGCGCGGGCGGACACCAGUCACAUCAGCACCAGCCUCUCUGUCCAGAGGACCAAGGCUCUCAGAGCGCAGAGGAGGAAGGUGGGAGCGUGUGAGGAAGCCCCUGCACGGCGAGCUGUGUGCUCGCACUGCUCAGCAGCCCCACUGCCAGGCUGAACGUGCUCCGCUGCCGCCAGCUGCUGCUGCGCUGGCAGGAGUUGGCAGUUACCGUCUACCUGCGCCAGGCAGAUGUGCGGCCUGUCGCUGCCACGGGACGCUGCCGUCCCUGUCACUGGAGCGCUGGGCCUGCCCAG